AUGGGGUUGUUUUCAAAGAAAAAAUCACCUCCGCCAUCAACAUCAUCAAAGUCAGCAGCCACCCCCACAGGUGCCUUGUCUUCUAAUAAAUCGGAUUUGGCUUUAUCUUCAUCAAAUGAAUCGAUCAAGUCAGACGUAUCCAGUGGGAAAAUUAAAGGGUUGUUGAAGAAGACUUUGAAUGGAGGAGGAGGUGGUGGUGCCAAUGCCAGUGCUAAUGCCAGUGCCAAUGGGAAUGGGAAUGGGAAUGGGAAUGGCAAUAACAAUGUUGAUAAAUUGUGUGUUGAUCUACAACAAGCGAAGCUUGAUAAACAGAUUGAAAACAAUUCAUUGCAAGUACCACACGGACAAAAAGGAGACGCACACCUUGCUCCUGAUGGUCAUAUUCCAACGAGGUAUAAGAAACGAGUCAGUACAAUUAUUGAAACUGACAACAACACUAGCGAUGAUGAUUCAGAAGAUGAGGAAGACGAAGAUAAUGGCGAAGGAAACGAAUCGUCAGAUUCUGACGAGUCUGAAUUGGACGAAGACCAUUUACAUCCGAUAAAACCCAAAUAUGAUGCGUCUCAUCAUGAUUUAGCACAACAAUUAACCACCAUAAUGGGGUACUGCGGUUUGCGUAAAGACUCAUCUUGCUCAACAGAAGAAGCCAAUAAGGAAAGUCAACGAACAUAUUCACUACUUGAUCAAGAUAAUAAGAUAAAAAAGAUUGCCAAAUCCGUCCAUAAUGAUGAAUCGAUAAUUGGAGAAUACCAAAUUCAAUUAAUCAAGAACUUGACUGCUAAAAUUGAAAGGCUCGUAAAAGACUGCAAUAGUGAAAGAUUAUUAACUAAGGAAAAAUCGUUAUAUCAAAGAUAUGGAGUUAUACGUAAUGUUAUUGGAAAAGGAGCUUAUGGAUUGAUCAAAGUAAUUGAUCCCGAUGGGAAUAAGGUUUCGUCGUCGUCUUCCCUGAAUAACCUACCACCGUUGGGAAGAAAAUUAUACGUGGUUAAGGAGUUGCUGAGGCGUAAAGAUGAGAAGACCAACAACUUUAUCGAACGCAUAAUGUCUGAAUUUGUUAUAUCAUCGACGUUAAAUAGUAAGUAUAUGAUUGAAACAGUUGACUUAAUGGGUACUUUUGCACCAGGAUCAUCAGCAGGAACAUCAACAGCUCUGGUUGCAACUUCGGCCAAGGAUUUACGUAUAAGUCAAGUUAUGAAUUGCAGUCAAGGUGGUGAUUUAUUUUCAUAUUUGUUAACGGGGGCUAAUAUCAGGGGGAAACCGGUAACGUACAUGUCAUUGUAUGAAGUUGACUGUAUAUUGAAGCAAGUUGCACGCGGAUUGAAGUAUAUGCAUGCUCAUGGAGUUGCCCAUUGUGAUUUGAAAUUGGAGAAUAUAUUGAUUUCCUAUGAGGUUGAUAAUAACGAUAUAAAAGCAGCUGAUGCCGAACUUCAAUCGAGUAGUCAAUGCAAAAUGCUGAUUAAAUUGAGUGAUUUUGGUAAAUCAUUUGUUUUUCGAACUGCAUUUGAUAAAACAGAACAGAAAUUGCAAGGUAUGCAGGGGGUCAUUGGAUCAGAACCAUAUAUAUCACCUGAAGAAUAUUUGUGUUGCAAGACUGGAAUGUCUUACUCCUCAGUGAGGAAAGAUUGUUGGGCGUUUGGAAUCGUUGCAUUGGCAUUACUCAACAUUCGAAGACACUAUUACUAUUCGCAAUCAUCAACAUAUAGUGGAGCUUAUCGCCUGGGUCUGAAGUUGAUUGCCGGUAAUGAUUCGGAUGGAUAUAGUACGGGAUACUUGUGGAAAAACACCGAGACCAAAGUCAACAACAUUAAUGCAUCGGGAAGCUCGUUGUCUAUGGGAGCAAUAUUGCUGAAGUUGGAAUAUAAAGAUAAGGUAUUUAAUGAAUAUGUUCAAAAGAGAAUGAUUGGUGAUUAUGACUGCAAAAGUAAAGAAUGGUUGAUUAAACAACCAGGUAAAUUCAUCCCAAUUGAGAAUAUUUGCAAACCAAUGACCAACAACGAUGGAUUAAGCGAUGAUGAAAAUUCACAUGAGGAGAAUGGCAAGGAGAGGGAGAAGGAAAAAGCGGUGGAGACUUUUGACGAGGGUAAUGAUGAUGAUGAUGAGGAUGAUUUGAGUGAGUUGAGAAUUUUGAUUAUUUACAAAUUGCUAGACAUUGAUCCUGCCACGCGAAUGACAAUGGAUCAGUUUUUGAAAAGUGAUUGGAUGGCUGCAACUGAGUCUUGCUGUUAG